AUGAGGUCGGACAGCAGCAAAACCUCAUCGAGAGAUCAAGGAGGACACCAGACAGCGCAAAAUGGAGAGGGAAGACUGGGAAAGGCAUCCAGCGGGGGGAAGCAGUCAAACGAGGGGGCCGUCUCAACAGAGACGGAUCAUGCAAAGAGAGGUUUCCACGGCUUACGGCAGCGAUUUCACACUACUCAUCACACAUCUUCAGGGCAAGGAACCGCUGGCCAGGAGGGCACCGCUGACCAUUCUCUGCAUCUUCCUCUUCACUUGCGCCAUCUCCAUUUCCCGCACAUUCUGCACCAUCCGGCCCAGCACGCCAACUCUUCGAGUGCGGAGUCGGAGACGGAAGUAAUGCAGUUGCUUCAAAAAGCCACUAAUCAGGCAAAGAGAAUCGUCGAACGGGCAAGAGGAGAGCACGAGCUAUUGAUGCAGAGAGCUCGUGAAGAAGCUGAAGCAGAAAUUCAAGCUCUCAGAUGUGAGCUUGAAGCGGAGGCGUUGAAAGAUGAACAAGAAGGGAACGGUGGGGAAGACGCCAUCCGCGAGGCAACGCUUGAAGAGGAUAACCGAAUGCGCCAGAUUCUCGAGCGUGCCUCCGAGCGUAUGGAAGCUUCCGUCUCUUUAUGCGUGGGUCACGUCCUUAACGUGGAUACAUCACUAGCUGCAGAUCGCCGGGGCGCUUUGCAAAAUUUGAGGAAGAAUCCGCCGAACUUCCUUCGGAAGAGCCAAGCUAAAAGCUUCCCGUCGGAGCGUAGAAUGCUAGCAGAACGUAGGGCCAAGGGCAAACGGGCGACGCAUGUUUCAGACUUCUCCUGGGAUGUGGAUGCACUCGAAUACCCGGCGGUCGACAAUAGCUCACCAGAACAAGAAAAAUUGGUCGUGGUGAAGAGUGGCCAGCAUCACAAGGACCGCGAGAGCUUUUCUUCUCAAGUCAGAAUCGAGUUUGCGCAUCGUUGCUCCGGAGGCAGACAUAUGCGACGCAGAUGUAUUCGGUCGCCUCUGCUUGUUUCGAACCAGACCACUCUGAAGGUACAAGGAGGCAAGCUGUCAGAAAUACUUUAA